AUGGCGGUGAGAUCGGCAUUUGAUCCCAAGGACAUGAUCUUCCGACACCUUGGUCCAACUGGAUUGAAGGUCUCGGUUUUCUCACUGGGCGGUUGGCUCACAUACGGCGGCACUCAGAAAGGCACCAUUGUCAAGGAAUGCAUGCAAGCGGCUUGGGACCAUGGCAUCAAUUUCUUCGACACCGCCGAAACAUACGCCGACGGUCAAUCCGAAAUCGAGAUGGGCAACGCUCUCAAGGAACUUGACUGGCCACGAGACGAAUACGUUCUCUCCACCAAGAUUUUCUUUGGCACCGGUCGAAAAGAACCCAACACCCGCGGUCUCUCUCGAAAGCACGUCGUUGAAGGCCUCAAGAGUUCCUUGGAACGUCUCCAACAACCGUAUGUCGACAUUGUUUUCGCUCAUCGACCCGACUAUGCCACUCCAAUGAAGGAAAUCGUCGAGGGUUUCACCCAAGUCAUUCGCAACCUCAAUUUGGCAUACUAUUGGGGCACUUCCGAAUGGUCUGCCGCCCAGAUCACCGAGGCAACUCUCAUCGCUGAGAAGUACCAUCUGAUCGCCCCCAUUGCCGAACAACCGCAAUACAACGCUUUCCACCGUCAACGCUUCGAAGUCGAAUACGCUCCCUUGUACCAAGAAUACAAAUACGGCACCACUAUCUGGUCACCUUUGGCAUCCGGCAUCUUGACAGGCAAAUACAACAACGGCAUUCCCGAAGGAUCACGCUUCAGCAACCACAAAGACUUCUUCAACACCGCUAUCGCGAUCCUGCAGCAGCCUGAAGGGAAAGCCAAGAUCGAGAAGGUGAAGGAAUUGACCAAGAUUGCCGAACGCCUCGGAGGCAAUGUCUCACAACUCGCACUGGCGUGGUGUGCCAAAAACGAAAACGUCAGCACGGUCAUCCUGGGCGCCACCAAGGUCGAACAGAUCAUCGAUAACUGUAAAGCUCUCAAGUUGAUCGACAAAUUGGACGACAAGACCAUGCAAGAAAUCGAGAAGAUUCUCGACAACAAGCCUGCAAUGCCAGCGACCUUUGGGAGAUCGAGGUAG